AUAUUUCAUAAAUUAAACAUGUCAAAAGCAAAAAAAAGUGCAUACAGUAGUGAGGAAGGUAGUAGUUCGUCUGGUAGUUCUUCUUCAUUAUCAUCUGAUGAAGAAGUAGAUGUUAGAGAUUUAAAAUCAAUUAAAGAAUAUUUGUCAGAUCGUAGAGAAUUAGCUAGGCAACUUUUCAAAUCUGUUAAAGCUGAAAAAAUACGCAUGAUGUUGCCUCAAACAUUAAAGAAAAUGGAUUUUGGACAAUUAGAAAAAUGGUGUGCUAAUGAAUUAAGUGGUAUGUCCAAAAGCCGUAUAUUAUGUAUUUUAAAUGGAAAACCUAUGUUAGAAUCAUCAGAUACAAGUGAAACAGAUGAUUCAGGACCUUCUUUAGAAAUUAUCUCAGAUACAGAAGAAUGGUUUACUGAUGAAGAUAUAUCUAAAAAGGAUGAAGGUUCAAAGACAUUUAAAGGAAGAAUAAAGAAGGAAAGAAUUAAACAAAAAGGGAAAUCUCAAGUUAUCAAAAAAAAUGAUAGUAAGAAAGUUCCUGAUAACACUUAUAAGAAUGUACAAGUAAAAAAGGAAGAUGAUAAAAAUAAAGAAAAAGAAGCUGAUAGUUUAUUAGAUUUAUUAGAGUUAGAAAUGCGCGCAAGGGCAAUAAGAGCAUUAAUAAGAAAAGAGGAAGAUAUAAUACCAAAUACAUCUAAAUCUGUGACAGAUAAUGAUAUUUCAAAUAAAACUGCUGCAACUAAGGCUGAACAAGAUGAAAUAAAAGAAAAGGAAAAUUGCAGAAGGCAAUUGGAAAGAAUUAUUAGUGCUCAGCAAAAUAGUGCUGAAGAUGAAGAUGUGGUAUUAGUUGUUCAACCAACUCCAACUAUCGAAUUACUCUCUAGCGACAGUGAAGGAGAACCUCAUAGUGGAGUACGUGUAAAUAAAAAAUUACAAAAUGAACGAGUUAUAGAAAACGAAGACAAUAUUAAUCAUAUUGAAAAUAGAGAUUUAAAUAAUGUACAUAAUAUUAAUAGUAUAGAAAAUUCGAAGGAAGAUAAUAUAAUAAAAAGUUCAAUAGAAAUUCAUCAAGAAAUAAAUAGUACACAAAAAAAUGAAGUUCUUAAACGUAUUCAUAGCAAUAAUGCACUUCAUAAAGAUAAUCAAUCAAAAUCUAGUAGCAAAAGGCGAAAAACAAAGAAAAAAUCGCAUAUAAAAGAACAAUCAAAAGAUAUAACUUUCGAAGUAAACGCGCAAAGUAAUGUUAGUCAAAAUGUAAUAGAUAUAAAAAAUAAUGAUUGUUCGAAUAUAAAAUUAAAUGAAAAAGAAGAAAAUAAUAUUAAACAUGAUAAUUCAUCACCAAAUAAACAAAAUUCCAUCGAAACGUUAGGAAUAUCAAGCAAAGUAGUUUUAGAUGAAGAGAAAUCUAUAGAUUUAGAUGAGAUAAUCGAUUUAGAUAAUUAUUGCGACGAUAUGGAUGAUAUAGAAAAUAACGAGAAUGAUAAAAAUAAUCAAAUUAUAGAAAAUAAGCAAUCGAAUCCACAAAUGGCAGAAAAUUCUUCACAAAAAUCCAAUGCAACCGAAACUUGGGCGAGUCGUUACUAUCAGACAGACGAUGUUCAAAGUGUGAUAAAAGAAUCAAAGAUUCAAUCGGAAAUUCGUAAACGAUUACGAGAACGUCAAAGACUUUCUAAACUUAAUACAUCUCCUAAAAAUCCUCCCUCAUCACCACCUACAAUAGAAAAUACUAAUAACAAAGUUACAGAGAAACAUCCAAUGGGAUCGGUUGACGAAUAUUUGGCUUUAAAACACACUGCCGCUACAAGUCUUACUGAUAGUAAUUGUGAUUCUAACACAAUGAAAGACAAAGCAGAUAUAAAUAGAUCAAUUGAAAACGAUCUUGUGUAUUCUAAAAACCAAAAGAUUGAUAAAGAAAGUAAUUUAAGUGAUAACAUAAAUAUCGAUGAUACAGUUAUUACAAAACAUGAAAAAAUAGUUAAUACGAUAAACGUGAAUCCCGGUUAAUAUAAUUCUUCUGUAUAUCUAUUACAUUAUAUUAAUAAUAUUUACAUUAGUUACUGUAUUUAUACGUAAACAGUUAUGAAAGUUAUAGUAUUAUGAAUAUUGUCUUCCAAUAAUUCGGUGUAAUAUCAAUUUUGUACAAAAUUUUCUUAUCAUUUAAAGUUUAAUAAAUUGCAAAUUUUUUGUAAUUAUAAAAAUUGAAAAGAAGGAAAAUAAUUAUAAAAGAAAAUUGAUUUUGAUUUUAAUUCAUUAAUAGAGUUACGUAGUACUUACGUAGGAUUUAACGAGUAUAUUUCAUUAAAUAGAAAUGUAGAAUUAAGUUGGUUAAUAGUUAAUAAACCAAUUUCUAUAAAAAUAUUUAUAUGUACGAAUUUUAAAAUCGUUGUGUAAUAAGUGCCUAUAAACGAUGAAUUUCAUUAUAUGAAUGAAAAAAAAAAGUAAUUAAUAAUUUUUUGAUAGUGGCAACAUUAAAAGCAAUUUUUACACAUGGAUGCUAUCUGUUACAUCAUUAGUUAUAAUCGCUAUCUUAUCGCUUUGUAAAUCGUAAUUUAAAAAUAAAUUUAAGAUAUGAUAAAAU